AUGGAACAAAAAUCAAUUAGGUGCCAAGAAGAUGUUGCCCUCAGCAUCACAAAGCAUUUAUUCUCAAAACAAGAUUAUCAACGGAAGAAUCUCAUCUUUUCGCCCAUCUCCCUCCAUGUUGCUCUUAGCAUCAUGGCCUCUGGUUCAGCCGGCCGCACACUCGACGAGCUUCUUUCCUUCCUCCAAUUUGACUCUAUCGACCAUCUUAACACCUUCUUCUCUCAGCUUAUCUCCGCAGUGUUCUCCAACACCGUUGCUCCUUCACAUCAUCUAUCUUUUGUUAAUGGAAUGUGGGCGGAUGAAUCGCUUUCCCUUUCCAAGUCUUUUAAACAACAUGUGGUCCGUCAUUACAAGGCAACUCUAAAAUCAGUUGAUUUUAAGACCAAGGGUGACCAAGUGUGCCAUGAAGUGAAUUCGUGGGUUGAAAAAGAGACAAAUGGCCUUAUUACAAAGCUUCUUCCUCCCAAGACACUAAGCGAGUCAAUUGCGCUUAUCUUUGCAAAUGCAUUGUGCUUCAAGGGUGCAUGGAAACGCAAGUUUACUAAAACAUUCGAUAGUAAUUUUCACCUCCCUAACGGCACUUCCGUCAAGGUUCCCUACAUGACAACCAAGAACAAGGAGCAGUUUAUUAGCAUUUUUGAUGGUUUCAAAAUUCUCCGUCUUUCUUAUAAACAAGGUAGAGAUAAAACUCGUCGGUUCUCCAUGUACAUUUUUCUUCCAGACACAAAAGAUGGACUGCCAGCUUUAAUUGAAAAGUUGGCUUCAGAAACUGGAUUCUUGGAAGGGAAGCUUCCUCGGCGAAAAGUGCGAGCACGUAAGUUUAUGAUUCCAAAAUUCAAGAUUUCUUUUGCAUUUGAAGCUUGCCCUGUGCUGAAGGAAUUGGGAGUUGUUUCACCUUUCUCUCGGCAUGCGGAUUUUACAAAAAUGGUGGAGGUAAACUCUCCUUCGAAUAAAUUAUAUGUGGGAAGCAUAUUUCACAAAACUUUUGUUGAGGUAAAUGAAAGAGGCACUGAAGCUGGAGCGGGCACCCUUGUGCGGGUAUUCAAAAGUCUUAAUCCUGAAGAUUUUACUGGUAUAGACUUUGCAGCUGACCACCCUUUCCUCUUCAUGAUCCAAGAAGAUUUUACCGGAACAAUCCUCUUUAUUGGGCAGGUGCUCCAUCCUCUUGAUGGAGCAGUCACAUCCGUGAAGGAGGAAUUGAGAACAAAAGACUUUGCCUUCCCUUUUGGCAAGGCUGUGAAGUUAAACUUCUGUGAUUCUGAACCGGAGGAGAGUGGGGAGGAAGAUGAAGGUGAUGACGAAGAUGAUAUGCCUGAGGUUCCACCAAAGAGAAAGAAGUCAAGUAAAGAUGAUUGA